AUGGCAGCUCACAGCACUACUGGGAGUAAGAGUAUCGGUGGACCAGUUCACGCCGAGGAGAGGACUGCCGCAGUGUGCUACAACUGCCAGCAGUUCAAUCACAGCUCGAGGAACUGCCACCUCCCAGCACGCUGUGUCAGAUGUGGAGGAGACCACAACGUAACAAAUUGCACCUUGCCAAAAGACAGCAGAUAUGCCGAUGUACUAGCCGCCCCCAGGCUCCGUCCGGACCAACCCAUUCCACAACAGACAUCAGCUGCAGCACCCGUAGCUCCGGCCCACACAAACACUACAAUUGCUCCUGCUCCUGCUCCCAGAAAGCAGAGAGCCGCAAAGGCAGCAGCCACAGAGCCGGAAGCCGCAGCCCCACCUGCCUCAGCUGCCUCAGCCUCAAACCACCGCUACUCAGCAGAGAAGGCCGAGGGCCCGCUCAAACCGCCGUAG